UGGGGGUAUUGACACCGUCUCAUUCCUUUCCUCCCCGCAGGAUGUCGUGGUUUAGCGGCCUCUUGGUCCCCAAAGUGGAUGAACGGAAAACAGCCUGGGGGGAACGCAAUGGGCAGCAGCGGCCGCGCCGCGGGACCCGCACCAGUGGCUUCUGCACACCCCGCUACAUGAGCUGCCUCCAGGGUGCGCAGCCACCCAGCCCAACCCCCGCCACUGCCCCUCGGUGCCCCUGGCAGGAUGAGGCCUUCAUCCGGAGGGGGGGCCCAGGCAAGGGCCCGGAGCUGGGGCUGCGGGCGGUGGCCCUGGGCUUCGAGGACCCUGAGGGGGCCAUGGCCGUCAGGGCAGCUGAGGCGGCCCCCAGCGUGGCCACCAGGAGCAGGAGAGCCUGCUGGCGCCAGCUGGUGCAGGUGUUCAGGUCGAAGCAGUUCCGCUCGGCCAAACUGGAGCGCCUGUACCAGCGGUACUUCUUCCAGAUGAACCAGAGCAGCCUGACGCUGCUCAUGGCGGUGCUCGUGCUGCUCACGGCCGUGCUGCUGGCCUUCCACGCAGCGCCCGCCCACCCUCAGCCCGCCUAUGUGGCCCUGCUGGCCUGCGCCGCCACCCUCUUCGUGGCACUCAUGGUGGUGUGCAACCGCCACAGCUUCCGCCAGGACGCCAUGUGGGUGGUGAGCUAUGUGGUGCUGGGCAUCCUGGCGGCCGUGCAGGUCGGGGGCGCCCUGGCAGCCAACCCGCACAGCCCGUCUGCAGGCCUCUGGUGCCCUGUGUUCUUUGUCUACAUCACCUACACACUCCUCCCCAUCCGCAUGCGGGCCGCUGUCUUCAGCGGCCUGGGCCUCUCCACCCUGCACUUGAUCUUGGCCUGGCAGCUCAACCGUGGUGAUGCCUUCCUCUGGAAGCAGCUUGGUGCCAACAUGUUGCUGUUCCUCUGCACCAAUGUCAUUGGCAUCUGCACUCACUAUCCGGCUGAGGUGUCUCAGCGCCAGGCCUUUCAAGAGACCCGCGGUUACAUCCAGGCCCGGCUGCACCUGCAGCAUGAGAACCGGCAGCAGGAGCGGCUGCUGCUGUCUGUGUUGCCCCAGCACGUUGCCAUGGAGAUGAAAGAAGACAUCAACACAAAGAAAGAAGACAUGAUGUUUCAUAAGAUCUACAUCCAGAAGCACGACAAUGUCAGCAUCCUGUUUGCGGACAUUGAAGGCUUCACCAGUCUGGCGUCCCAGUGCACAGCGCAGGAGCUGGUCAUGACCCUGAACGAGCUCUUUGCCCGGUUUGACAAGCUGGCUGCGGAAAAUCACUGCCUGAGGAUCAAGAUCUUAGGGGACUGUUACUACUGCGUGUCAGGGCUGCCAGAGGCCCGGGCAGACCAUGCCCACUGCUGCGUGGAGAUGGGGGUGGACAUGAUCGAGGCUAUCUCGCUGGUGCGCGAGGUGACAGGUGUGAACGUGAACAUGCGCGUGGGCAUCCACAGCGGGCGUGUGCACUGCGGCGUCCUUGGCUUGCGGAAGUGGCAGUUUGAUGUGUGGUCCAAUGACGUGACUCUGGCCAACCACAUGGAGGCUGGGGGCCGGGCCGGCCGCAUCCACAUCACCCGGGCCACGCUGCAGUACCUGAAUGGGGACUAUGAGGUGGAGCCGGGCCGCGGCGGGGAGCGCAACGCCUACCUCAAGGAGCAGCACAUUGAGACCUUCCUCAUCCUGGGAGCCAGCCAGAAACGGGUCAGGGUCGGGUUGGGGAAGGCAAGGCAGCUGGGGAGAGGGGCAGAUGGAGGGAGCAAGCAGAGGCCUUCUUUGGGCACUUCUUCCCAGCCUGUACCUGUGCUGUCCACACAGAAAGAGGAGAAGGCCAUGCUGGCCAAGCUGCAGCGGGCGCGCGCCAACUCCAUGGAGGGGCUGAUGCCACGCUGGGUACCUGACCGUGCCUUCUCCCGGACCAAGGACUCCAAGGCUUUCCGCCAGAUGGGCAUUGAUGAUUCCAGCAAAGACAACCGGGGUGCUCAGGAUGCCCUGAACCCUGAGGAUGAGGUGGACGAGUUCCUGGGCCGGGCCAUUGACGCCCGCAGCAUCGAUCAGCUGCGCAAGGACCACGUGCGCCGGUUCCUGCUCACCUUCCAGAGAGAGGAUCUUGAAAAGAAGUACUCACGCAAGGUGGACCCCCGCUUUGGAGCCUACGUGGCCUGUGCCCUGCUGGUCUUCUGUUUCAUCUGCUUCAUCCAGCUCCUAGUCUUCCCACGCUCAGCCCUGAUGCUUGGGAUCCACGCUGGUAUCUUCGUGCUGUUACUGGUCACCGUGCUGACCUGUGCUGUGUACUCCUGUGGCUCUCUGUUCCCUGAGGCCCUGCGACGUGUGUCUCGCAGUAUCGUCCGCUCGAGGGCACACAGCACCGCAGUUGGCAUCUUUUCUGUCCUGCUUGUGUUCACCUCCGCCGUUGCCAGCAUGUUCACCUGUAACCACACCCCCAUACGGACUUGUGCUGCCCGGAUGCUGAAUUUAACCCCUGCUGACAUUACCGCCUGCCACCUGCAGCAGCUCAAUUACUCUCUGGGCCUGGAUGCUCCCCUGUGUGAGGGCACCGCACCCACCUGCAGCUUCCCCGAGUACUUCAUUGGGAAUGUGUUGCUGAGUCUCUUGGCCAGCUCUGUCUUCCUGCACAUCAGUAGUAUCGGGAAGUUGGCCAUGAUCUUUGUCCUGGGGCUCGUCUAUCUGGUGCUGCUUCUGCUCGGUCCCCCGGCCACCAUCUUUGACAACUAUGACCUCCUGCUGAGCGUCCAUGGCUUGGCUUCUUCCAACGAGACCUCUGAUGGGCUGGACUGCCCAGCGGCCGGGAGGGUGGCACUCAAAUACAUGACCCCUGUGAUUCUACUGGUGUUCGCACUGGCGCUGUACCUGCAUGCCCAGCAGGUGGAGUCCACUGCCCGCCUGGACUUCCUCUGGAAGCUGCAGGCAACAGGGGAGAAGGAGGAGAUGGAAGAGCUCCAGGCCUACAACCGGCGGCUGCUACAUAACAUUCUGCCCAAGGACGUGGCCGCCCACUUCCUGGCCCGGGAGCGCCGGAACGAUGAGCUCUACUAUCAGUCCUGUGAGUGUGUGGCUGUCAUGUUCGCCUCCAUUGCCAACUUCUCUGAGUUCUAUGUGGAGCUGGAGGCCAACAACGAGGGUGUUGAGUGCCUGCGACUGCUCAACGAGAUCAUUGCUGAUUUUGAUGAGAUCAUCAGUGAGGAGCGCUUCCGGCAGCUGGAGAAGAUCAAGACAAUUGGUAGCACCUACAUGGCUGCCUCUGGGCUGAACGCCAGCACCUAUGACCAGGUGGGCCGCUCCCACAUCACUGCCCUCGCCGACUAUGCCAUGCGGCUCAUGGAGCAGAUGAAGCACAUCAAUGAGCACUCCUUCAACAAUUUCCAGAUGAAGAUUGGACUGAACAUGGGCCCAGUUGUGGCAGGCGUCAUUGGGGCUCGAAAACCACAGUAUGACAUCUGGGGGAACACAGUGAAUGUCUCGAGUCGAAUGGACAGCACUGGGGUCCCCGACCGAAUCCAGGUGACCACGGACCUGUACCAGGUUCUAGCGGCCAAGGGCUACCAGCUGGAGUGUCGAGGGGUGGUCAAGGUGAAGGGCAAGGGGGAGAUGACCACCUACUUCCUCAAUGGGGGCCCCAGCAGUUAGCAGGGCCCAGCUACAGAUCAACUGAAAGGACCAAGGUGGGCAUCUGGGUGGAUUCUGUGCUCUCUGGGGGAAGCUGUGGCAGGGGGCGCUGAGCUUCCAGACCCUGCUGAUCACAAAGGGAACACCCCAGCUGGCUGUGUUCAACCACGUCCUCAGGCUGGUGAACGAGGGGAUACCAAGAGGAUUAUGCAAGUGACUUUUUAAAACUAGGGUAGGGCUGCUUUCCCUCCUUUCUUCCAGCUUUUGGGAGCAGGGGAGGGGGCAGCAGCAAAGGUCGGGGGACCCUUCCUGCCUGAGAGAUUAAAAUGGCAGCUUCUCACACCUCCCUUUUCCCUGUCUGUCUGGGCAGCAGGCUCAGGGCUGGGUCCUUCCUUUCCCUUUUUCCUGGGAAUCUUUUGUACAAAGACUGGGGCAGGCUUGAAGAGUGCCUGUUCCACGCUUGCCUUUGCCGUGCCUGCAUCCCCAGCAUGGGUCCUGGGCCCUCCCCACCCCGCCGGGUCUCCCUCAGGGACACAGGGCCAAGGAGGGAGAGGCUCGGGAGACGCAGCUCUGUCCAUGUUUCAGGGGAACGUUUCCAUUUGCCAAAUCCUAGUCCCACGAUCUGUCCCCAAAGGGGAACAAAGGGACUUCUGACAGCUCAGAUUAGCCCCAGUUCCUGCACAGCUCCAGGGAGAGGGGCAUCUGGUCUCACUGGUACUGUGAAAACACCCAGCCAGGGAACAGGCACGUGCAUGAGGAUGUUAGAAGACUGGAAGGUGGACGUUCGCCUGCAGGUGCCAAAGAGAGCAGGCCGGCCAGGGAUGGGGGUAGUGCCAGACUCCAAAGGUCAGAUCAGGCUGCUCUGCCCCCAUGCACUCUUGCUGUCUGCUGAAAGGGACGCAGAACAUCUCUACCCCUUCUAUUGCCAAAUAGAAAAGGGCCAGGGCCUGGAGGAAGACAACCCUGAUCCUAAACCUGUCCUCCCAGGCCUCUGGCACUGGGGAGGGCCUGUGUGUCUGUGUUAACUGUGUGUGCACGGUGGUCCGUGUGUGUGUGUGUGUGUCUGUUUUCCAGGUCUGUGUGUCCUUGCGCUCCUGCUCCUCGACUCUCCACCCUGGGUUGCCUCUUUCCUGUGGGCCUGUCUUCUGGGAGUAAGGCAGGAUGUCUGAUUUCAAGGGAUGGAGACAGACGCCCAUUUUGCACAGGAGUGGGAUGGGGUGUGGUAACAAGAGGAGGGUGGCUGGGGAGAGGAGGUCUUCUGUGCUGAAUCCCUGAUUGCCGUGUGGGGACCACACAUGCCGCACGACUGUCUCUCUGCUCGGGCAGGGACCCAAGCGCCUGCUGCAGCCCCCAUGACCCUUGACCUUGAACCGUCUGGGGUUUGGUGGGCAGAGGCUCGGGAGUCCCCUGGAUUUCCCCAGGUGGUAUCCUGGGAUGUGGUAAGCCUUGGGACUGGGGUAGCAUGGGAUCCCCCAAGGACCCAGAUUCUGGUACUAGGGGCAAGGAGAGGGGAACCCGGACCUCAGCCGUCCCCAUUCUGCAGCCUGAGCCCAGCGUGCUCCAUGCUCCCCAGUCCCCAUGAAGCCUGCGAGGGCUGGCAGGAGGGUUAGGAGGGCUGGGCCUUAGAUUCCCUUCCUGUCCGCGCCUGCCUUUCACCUGCUUCCUUUCAGCCUUGCCUCUGGCCUGAAUGAGUCGGUACCUUGGUUUCUCUGCACCUGUUGAAGCUGAGGCAUUGGCCACAGUUUUGCUUGAACAUCGCUUUGUCUCAGAGGUGUUAGAGGCAGAGGGGAGAGGGUCCCAGAGUUACUGACUCUGGGGACUGGAAGGGGCAGGUGGUACUUGCCCUUCCUCACGCCCUUUCUGACUCUAGUUCCUUGCAGAGGUUGUUUCUGGCUUGUAUUGACUGCUCUGGGGGAUCUUCAUGUAUCAACUAAGUGGGCCAUCAGUCACUUCAUUAGCCAAGGCAGGAGAAGAAAAAAGACUAAGGUGGUUCAGAUGAAGUCCACUCCCCUUCCCUCAGCUACAGCCCUGGACAGGAAGGUUCUGCAUGGGGUCCUGGGGUGGGGAUGAGGCUGUAAGGAGACCAGAGAGGAAGACCGCUUCACUUACAGCAGAAGUGAGUGACUUGUGUGUGUUUCUUGCCAGUGGAAGGGGCCUGUCUGCACCCUGGCUCCCCACACUGCAGUGCCAGCCAUGCAUUUCCCCUGGGCUGAUAUUGCUCCCUCCCUUGCCAGUUGGUAGGGGAGUCAGUGGAUGGGAGGCCCAUGGACUUUGGUUUUAUAAUGUAACCAGCGCGGGGGCGGGGGGAGGGUGGAAUAUCAUUGUAUUUCAUGAAAUAUUUAAUAUAUUUAAAUAUCAAUAAAAAUCAAACUCUUUGUAAAA